GGGCCCUCUCGGCAGCCUCGGCGCGCGCGUCCCGCCGUGCGCUCCCGCCGCCCUCGUCCCGGUGAGUCAGAGCCGGAGCUGUCUCCGCGCCCCGGGCCCCCGCCAGCGGCCUCGGGAGGGGAGCCGGUUACUUGUCCGCGCUCCGGGGGUGGGGACGCUCGGCCCCCAGCCGUCCCUCCCAGCGGCACGGAUCCCGUGCGGUCCCGCGUGGACGCGGCGGCCGAGCGGCGUUGCGGGCUUUGUUCGGCUUUGUCUGAGCCGCACCUGAACUCGGCCGCGAGGCCCGCGCGCUUCUCGGGGAAGCCGGAGUCACCUGGCGCACCUGGACGAGCGCACCUGGCGCACGCUUCCCCCGGGCUCCCUGCAGACGGCCCGGCCCGGGGAGACCCAGCCAGCGCAUCGGGACGGGGAGCGUGGCGGGCCCGGGAGGGGCCUCUCUUUUGGGACUCCGGCACGGGGUCGCAGAGCCAAGGGGGCGCGGAGCACAGUUACAUCAACAUGCCUUCCUUCCCGUUGCUGGCGGCCAUCUUCAUUUUCCUGCUUUCUGGAGUACGCCCAUCUCAUCCUCUUCAGGAAGUCCACGUAAGCAGGGAGACCAUUGGGAAGAUUUCAGCCGCCAGCAAAAUGAUACGGUGCUCAGCUGCUGUGGACGUCCUAUUUCUGAUAGAUGGCUCCUACAGUGUCGGGAAGGGGAGCUUUGAAAGGUCCAAACACUUUGCCGUCACGGUCUGCGACGCUCUGGACAUCGGUCCCGAGAGGGUCAGAGUGGGAGCACUGCAGUUCGGUUCCGUCCCUCAUCUGGAAUUCCCCUUGGAUUCGUUUUCGUCCCCACGGGAAGUGAAGGCAAACAUGAAGAGCAUGGUUUUCAAAGGAGGACGCACAGAGACAGGCCUCGCUCUGAAAUACCUUCUGCGCAAAGGAUUCCCUGGGGGCAGAAAUGCCUCUGUGCCCCAGAUCCUCAUCGUCGUCACUGACGGGAGGUCCCAAGGGCACGUGGCACCGCCAGCCAAGCAGCUCAAGGAAAGAGGUGUCACCGUAUUUGCCGUCGGGGUCCGGUUUCCCAGGUGGGAGGAGCUGCACGCGCUGGCCAGCGAGCCGAGGGAGCAGCACGUGCUGAUGGCUGAGCAGGUGGAGGACGCCACCAAUGGCCUUUUAAGCACCCUCAGCAAGUCUGACAUCUGCACCGUCGCCUCUCCAGACUGCCAGGUCCAGCCUCAUCCCUGUGAGCGCAAGACGCUGGAGACGGUCAGGGAGCUUGUGGGCAGUGCCCUGUGCUGGAGAGGAUCGCGGGGGACCGAUGCCGUGCUGGUGGCACUCUGUCCCUUCUCCAGCUGGAAGAGAGUGGUCCUAACCCACCCUGCCACCUGCUACAGGACAACCUGCCCAGGAAGGACAGAAAUCACCAAUUCCCGUGGUAACCACACUCAGCUGCUUAGCGCCUGUGACUCGCAGCCCUGCCAGAAUGGAGGCACGUGUGUUCCAGAAGGACUGGACAGGUACCACUGCCUCUGCCCACCAGCCUUCGGAGGGGAGGCUAACUGCGCCCCGAAGCUGAGCCCGGAAUGCAGAAUCGACGUCCUCUUCCUGCUGGCCAGCUCAGCGGACACCACCCUGGAGGGCUUCCUGCGGGCCAAGGCCUUCGUGAAGCAGUUUGUGCAGGCCUCACUGGGCGAGGACUCCCGGGCCCGCGUGGGUGUGGCCCGCUACAGCAGCGAGCUGAUGGUGGCCGUGCCCGUGGGCGAGUACCAGGACGUGCCGGACCUGCUCAGGAGCCUGGAUGGCAUCUCCUUCGGCGGGGGCGCCACCCUAACGGGCAGCGCCUUGUGGCAGGCGGCUGAGCGCGGCUUCGGGAGCGCCGCCAGGACGGGCCAGGACCGUCCCCGCAGAGUGGUGGUCCUGCUCACCGAGUCACCCUCCCAGGAUGACGUGGCCGGCCCGGCGCGUCGUGCGAGGGCCCGAGAGCUGCUCCUGCUGGGAGUGGGCACCGAGGCCGUGCGGGCAGAGCUGGAGGAGAUCACAGGCAGCCCAGAGCGCGUCCUGGUCUACGCCGGCCCACGUGACCUGUUCCGCCAAACCCGUGAGCUGCAGGGGAAGCUGUGCAGCCGGCCGCCGCCAGGCUGCCAGGCGCGGUCCCUGGACCUGGUCUUCGCGUUGGAUGCCUCGGCCUCCGUGGGGCCCGAGAACUUCGCCCAGAUGCAGAGUUUCGUGAGGAGUUGCGCGCUCCGGUUUGACGUGAACCCCGACGUGACGCAGGUCGGCCUGGUGGUUUACGGCGGCCAGGUCCGCGUGGCCUUCGGGCUGGACACCCACGCCACCCGCGCCGCGGUGCUGCGGGCCGUGAGCCAGGCCCCCUACCUGGGCGGGGUGGGCUCGGCGGGCACAGCCUUGCUGCACAUCCAUGACAGGGUGAUGACGGUCCAGAGGGGCGCCCGGCCUGGUGUCCCCAAGGCUGUGGUGGUGCUCACAGGCGGGCUGGGGGCGGAGGACGCGGCUGUCCCCGUCCGGAAGCUGAGGAACAAUGGCGUCUCUGUCCUGGUGGUGGGCGUGGGGCCCGUGCUGAGGGAGGCGCUGCGGAGGCUCGCGGGUCCCCGGGACUCCCUGCUCCACGUGGCAACCUACGCAGACCUGAGGCACCACCAGGACGCGCUCAUCCAGUGGAUAUGUGGAGAAGCCAAGCGGCCCGUCAACCUCUGCAAACCCAGCCCGUGCAUGCACGAGGGCACCUGCAUCCUGCAGAACGGGAGCUACCGCUGCGAGUGCCAGGACGGCUGGCAGGGCCCCCACUGUGGGAAACGGUCCUUGAGAGGAGAUGCCCCCGAGGCCCGUGGCUCCCGCCGAGACCCCUCCCAGCAACUGCCCAGGUCUGAGCACCCUGGGCGCUGAAACUGCCGUGGCAUCCGUGGAGCAUCCUGCCUCCGGCUCCGCGCAGAACCCUCCCGCCCACGUGCCUCCGCCACAAAGAGCUGUCCCGGCUGCAGACCGUGCUGCUUGGGGACACAGCGACACCUGACUCCACCACUAAUGCUGAUGUUGAAAAGUCUUGACAUGUAAGUAUUUGGUUGCUGUGCCUGGCUGUGCCCCGGUGAGCUCGUGUCGUCGGCCGCCUUUCCCCUGAGGAGAAACAAAGGAGCGUGGAGACUCCCGAUGGCCUGUUUGAAGCAACCUUGGCCCUCACCAGAUGCUAAAUAGGAUGUCGUUGGGAACGGUAAUAGGAGGAGGCGCGGACUAGAGUGGUGUUUGGACCACUGAAGCCACGGCAUUUCGAGAUGGAAAAAGUGUGGACCUUUUCACACCUCUUUUGCCAAAGAUUUCCUAGUGCGUUUGCUUUCGGUUCGCCAAGGGGCUUGUGUGGCAUUUGUGACUUCUUCUGGUUUCUGGAUCUGUGCGUGGCAAAGACCUAAAAAAGGCUCGGGACUGGAAUGUGACCACUAACCAACUUGUUUGACUAUGGGGGAGGGGCCAGGUGAAGAUGUCCCAGGUCCUGGGCUACAUUCCCUUUGGGGGGGCUUCCUCGAGAGAUUAUGUAGGGGGGCUACUUGGGGGGUGUUUAUUGCUUGCUUUUUUUUUCUUAGGACAAAGAGGAUUGGAAUUCUUAAACAAAUACAGCAUAAAGAAACCUAGAGGGUGUUGGCGUUUUUUAAGCAUCGAUCUUAUGUUAUCUAAGUGGCUUUGCUUCUCGCUAAAGGAAUGUCUCAAGAUAUGAUGUUGGUUACUUAACAGGACCCGUGUGGCAAAAAGGCUUUUUAGUUGGAGUGUUUUCUGGCAAACCAGGUACUUACCCCUGCAGUGUUUAGGAAUCAGUCCUUCCCCUUGGUUGUGGUCCUUUCGCUUUGGGUUUUCAGUAGAAACCUUUGUGGAGCUGUGACCUACAUCCAGAUAUCCAGAUACUUUGUCUUUUCUUUUUAAUGUAAAUAAUGUAAAUGUUUUACAUGCAAAUAUUCAAGGCUGCUUUGACCUGAAGUACUUGAAGAGGCCGCCUGAGGGUAUCCUUAGACAUUUCAAAUGAAAGGUCCAGAGUACCAAGCACCUUCAUGACAGUCAUUUGUGUUCAGGGAUAUUUUCACUCCUGUUACUACUUUAGCCUGGGCAGGUGACAUCAGAGCAGGGAUGUCCACCUGGCAGGUGCUGAUGGGUGAUGUCUGAGAACUUACAUGAACCCACAGUCUUUAACAGCAAGUUUAAUCAUUUUACAGUGUAGUCUCUUUGGGUCAGGGCUGAUAUUUGGACAUCCCAUUUGAAUUGCUUUGACUUAAAAAAAAAAAACCCCACAGA